UAUAUAUAUAUAUAUAUAUACAAAUAAGUUAGGUUAUAUGUACAUAUGUCCUAAUGAUUGAAUUUGAUUUUGUUGUUGUAGCAAAGAUUGUAUCGAGAUUUGUAAUAUUUCCUUCUAAAUAAAACACUCCCUACGGAAUGUUUUAUUUGGUCGGACUGGGUUUGGGGGAUGCGAAAGAUAUAACUGUAAAGGGAUUAGAAAUAGUAAAAAAAUGUGACAAAGUUUUACUGGAAGCUUACACUUCUAUACUUACUGUUGGAAAGGACGCUCUGGAAGAAUUUUAUGGUAGAAGUUUGAUUGUGGCAGACCGAGAGCUAUGUGAAAGCAAUAUAGAUGAAGUACUGCAGGAAGCGAAUGAAAAAGAUAUUGCGCUCUUGGUUGUUGGAGAUCCUCUAGGGGCAACCACUCACACUGAUAUGUUAUUAAGAGCACAACAGUUUGGUGUCAAAAUACAGAUAGUGCAUAAUGCAUCAAUAAUGAAUGCAGUCAGUUGCUGUGGACUCCAACUGUACAACUUUGGUGAAACUGUAUCCAUUCCAUAUUGGACAGAAACAUGGAAACCUGAUAGUUUUUUUGAUAAAAUUGUACAAAAUUAUUCAAGAAAUCUUCAUACACUUUGUCUAUUGGACAUCAAAGUGAAGGAGCCUACUGAAGAAUCCCUAACAAAAAAAGUUAGACAAUAUAUGGAUCCCAAAUUCAUGACGGUAAAGGAGGCAGCCUGCCAAUUGUUUGAAAUCAUAAAAAACAAACCUGAUACAGGUAUAACUAAAGACAGCCUUUGUGUCGGUUUGUCGCGUGUGGGCGCCCCUGAGCAAAGUAUCGCGCUGCGGUCACUGGACGCGAUGCGGCGUUGCGAGCUCGGCGCGCCGCUGCACAGCCUCGUUGUCCCAGCGCCACAACUACAUCCGCUAGAACUUGAUUACCUAGCGCAAUUCAGAUAACCACUCCCUACUACCCAUGUAAAUAAUAAUAAACGCUUUAUAAGUAUGUAA